GUUCAAGAGAAUGGAAAGGGUAAUUUCUCGUGACUGAUGGUGAAAUGGUCUGCCGGCUAAACAAGAACUGAGCUGGACAGGUCGGAUGUCAUAAAAACGUCUAUAAGCAACAAACAAACCUACACACUGGUUUCCCGCAUAACUGCAGCAGAGAAAGCGACGGUAACGGAUUGAAAAUGGGGGAAGAGACUGGGAGCUCCGUGAACAGAGAGAACCAGAACACGAAGGAUGAAAACACACACGAGGAUAGCGGUGUAAAAUAUUACACACGCAAGGAGGUUCAAGUCCAUAACAUUAGCAAUGACACGUGGCUCAUCAUUCAUGAUAAAGUUUACGAUAUCACAAGUUUCAUGGAGGAGCAUCCAGGAGGUGAGGAGGUUUUGCUGGAGCAAGCAGGCGCAGAUGCAACAGAAAGUUUUGAAGAUGUGGGUCAUUCAACAGACGCCCGGGAGAUGCUCCAGCAGUAUUACAUUGGGGAGCUCCACAUGGAUGAUCGAAAGAAAGAAUCAAAAAAGGAAGUUUACAUUACAACUUCCAAAGAUUCCAGGUCAUGGACCACCUGGUUUAUUCCUGCCAUAGCUGCUGUUCUAGUGGGCAUCAUGUACCGUUAUUACACCUUGGAGCACAAAUCAUCCUGAAAUUUGCCACUGCUAGAUAUUUCUGUUGUCUGGAGGCCUUGACUUGUUUGACUGAGUCUAUAAGAUCACGCUCUCGAAGCUCCUGCUCAUCCUUUCUUCUUUCAUUUCUGCUCAGUCCACUAUUUGGAAUGGAUCCAUAAUAGCUUAGUGGCUCAUUUAGACUGGCUUUUCUACCACGAUUCCCACAGUUCUGUCUAAUCUGCUGGAUCAACCUUUUCACUUUUUUCUGUCAUUUAAUUCUGUCUUUGACAUGUGCAUGGAAAUGAUUUCAACCACUUUGUGUUGUUGAAUCAGACCCCUCAGUGAUGGUCCAACUUGUACUGACUGAUCCAAAUUUGCUGAUUAUUUUGACAAGUCACGCAUCCACAGCCUUGGCAUAGCUGCUAAUCGAUUUUUGAUGAUAGUGGGCUGAUUACCUGAGGGUUUUGACCAAAUGUUUUAAGUGGUACUUCAAGCGUAUUGUACUUUUAUAAGGACUCUAUUUUAACAAGGAUUAAAAAAAGAUAGUUCACCCAAAAAUAAAAAGGUGUUUUAUUUGUGAUUAGAUUUGACUUUACUUUAAAACAACUGAGCAAAUGCGUUGCCUUAUAAUUAUUAAGUA